AUCGAGCCAAAUUCAUAUGUACACGUACCAAGUAUAGAAUUUAAUAAAUUGUACCAAGAAAUUAGGGAUGACGGUAAUUGAUCGAUAGACAGACAGACAGACAACCAUGACGGGUACACAAGCCCUGGCUUGGGCUAAAAAAUCGUAUCGAUGUAUCACACACACGUACAACGUAACCGAAUACAAAAUUUAAACAAAUUGUACCAAAAAAUUGCCUUUGGAUAAGUUUUACCAGCUUAAUCGAUCGAUAGACAGACAGACACAAUCACAACGCGUACAUGAGCCCUGACUCGGGCUAAAAAAAUCCAGCUACAUUCAUAUGUGCACGUACCUAAUACACAAUUUAAGCAAAUUCUACCAAGAAAUUCUGGACAAUUCUUACGUAGCGUCCCCCCUGCAGUAAUCCAGCCAAUAUUUUAAGUCAUCAAAGAUUUUUUUGAAGCUGAUGACGCAUUUACAUAUUCGUUCAAAGAAAACAUAAUCCUCAAAAAUCUGCAAAAUUUCCUUACCUUUAUGAUCCAAAGUAAAGCGUUAGAAAUGCAGAAAUCUGCCGUUCGCGUGAAUCGGUCCAACUCAAAUGUUCACAAUUUGGGGGGACGGGGGACCUCACUUAAGUUGCACUUUGACGAAGGAAGACGCGUCUCUGCGGCGGCUAUGAUAUCGUCGUUCGAUACCCAGCAGGAUAAGCCGAUGUCAAACUUGUGUAAAAUUCUGACCAAGAAUAAUUACUCUGAGGCUGGGGACACGACGGUACUGGCCUCCACCCCGUCCCCCUUCACCCCUCCGGUCCCCCUGAGGGAGAUGAGACAUCGAAAAGUCGCAUCUUCCACCUCCAUCGCCACGACCGGGUUGGGGUCAUCCCUGCCAAAUCUGGAUGUCAAUAAUGUGACCCCAAAGGUCACCCCUAGCCCCAUAACGCCACCCGUAAAUGGAGGCGGUGGUGGUACUGGUGGCCUUUUGGUCGGCGUGGUCAAACCGGAACUCGUCUGCCCCCGGAGGGAAAGCAAGAGCAAGAUUAAAAUCAUUUCGGACCAUAAGCUAAUGACACCUUUUGGGGACCACGCUUCCCUGAAAAAGCGUCAAUUAAGUGGGACCACCAACGUCACUGGUGUGACGAGUGUGACGAAGACUGGAUUGACUAAAGGGGUGACUAAAAAGGUGUCCACUCCGGUAAUUUCGAUGAAGAAAAAUAAGGCAGUGGUGGCUGACCCACAAAAUGUGAAUUUGUCGAAAUACUUAUGGAUUAAUUGGACAAUUGAGAAAAUCAUCUUUGGCGUCCUCAUCUCCUAUUUGAUCUACCAAAUCAAAGAAAUAAAACCCGCUCCGGUUGCGGAAGAGCCAUGGUGGAAAUGGUUGGUGGAGAAAAUUCUGGACAAAUUGGGUCCAAAAGACCUUUUCGUCUUUGGCGUCAUGUUUCUCUUGGCGCGUGUCGGAAUUCGUGGGUUGGACGUUUUCUCGAGAAAGUUGGAAAUAUCGAAUAACCUUUUGCAAGAAGAGAGACGUUCUGAAAUGAACGUCCGCCUCCGACAAAUGAGGCUGAAUACGAGGCACGAAAUUUGGAAAACGGUGACGGACGGAUUCACAAAGAUCGUGACCACCGUGGUGCGAGCUGUUGCCCCCUUCGGCAUAGCGGAAGAGGUCGUUUCUACCGUUUUGGACAUUGCAAGAGGCAGAGCGCGCGAUAAGUCGGCCGCCGCUGCUGCCGCAAAGAAGGAGAACGAUGCAAAUUUCGAAGUGGAUAAUUUUGCCACCACGUCGUCGACGACAAGUAAAAAAUUCAGUUAUGACGGAAAUGGUCAUCGUCGCGUGGUGCAGACGAGCUCAUCUCCGUUUUCGGUGGGUGUGCCGACCCAUCCCCGGGUUAAUUUAGGAUUGGGCGGUCCCGCCCCGAAUAAUCGGGGAUGUGGUGGGACUGACGGGAAACGAGGGCUUACGACAAGUCGGACCAGUGGAAAAAAUAAGAACGACAAGAUUCGUGCAUGUGUUUUGGAAGAUUGAAUUUAUUUUAAAAUAUUUUUAAGUUUUGGAAUUUUAUGGUUGGUGAUGGAAAUUUUAUUUUAAUUGUUUAAAAAAAACUUGGUGGUGGUGGUGGUGCUUUCAAAAUAUUAUUUCAAAAUAAAAACUAAAGUUUACAAAUUAAUCCCGUUAUUUUGAAAUAAUCUUGUAUUAAUUUUGUCAUUAAAACUAAAAAGGAAGGAGAACGAUAUGCGAAGGUUGACGUGAAUACGCUCACUAUUUUAAAAUCUUGUGGUGGGUGGAAUUUUAUCUUACUUGUUUAAAAAAGUUUGUGUCAAAAUAACAUAAUACAUACAUAUGCGUAGGCGUACCUUAAAAUACCUGGACCCAUCUUAAAAGUAAUACAUAGUUCCUAUUUUUGUAAAUGCCUUACAAUUCAAGCAUUUUCAAUCUGCAUGUAAAUAAUCGAUCCAUUUCGUUCGAGUAUAUGUAGCAUAAAUUUUCUGAUAAUUUUUUUGAAGUCAAAAUUUUUUAAUUUAAAAUUGGCCUUGUCAUGUCAUAUUUUUUAUUACCGGACGGACAUGCAAUAAAUGCCAAAAUGGGUGACUUUGACACUGUAAUGUAUUCCAUAAUAUUAUCCACCAUAUUUCAAAUCAUCUUAAAAUAUGUUAAAUGCUUCAAACUAAAGAUUGCAUUUUGUGAUUGUCUUACAAAUUUCUAUCGGAGUGAAAUUAUGUAAAUUCGUCGCCAUUGAUUAUUGCAUAAUUUCUGGGGCUACUUAUAAAAUUGGCGUAUUAUAAGAACGUGUUAUGAUGUGAGAUCAAAAUUUUGGAAUUUUGUGGUGGUGGAAAUUUGUAUUUUUAUUGUUUAAAAUAAUUUGGUAUUGAUGGUGGUUUCAAAAUAUUGGUCGAAAAUAAUAUCGGAACUUCAUCAAUUAAUUUUUUAUUUGAAAACAAUCUGUAAUUACUUUUGUCAUUAAAAAUAAAGAA